AGCCCAUAUAACAGACGAGGCAGGAGCUGAAGCCACUUCCACCGACACCUGUCAGAGUCAGCGUUCAGGACUGCAAAAUGUGUGCCAACCUGCAAGGAGCUAUGGAGGACCUCAUCAAAGUGUUCCACCGCUACUCUGCGAAGGAAGGUGACAAGUACAAGCUCAACAACAAAGAGCUGAAGAAUUUGCUGCAGGAGGAGCUCUCAGAUUUCCUGGCAGGCUCCAAUGAGUGCGGCGUGGUGGAGAAGAUCAUGCUAGACCUGGAUGAGAACGGCGACGGCGAGGUGGACUUCCAGGAGUUCGUCGUCCUGGUCGCCGCGCUGACCGUCGCCUGCAACGAGUUCUUUGUGGAUUUCGACAAGAGGUCCAAGAAAGAGCAAGAGGACUCUGGUUAAAAGGACUAAACGUGUAUUUACAUUAAUUCUUUGCAUAAAGGUUUGAAUCAGUCCUUCAAUAACGCAACGCCUUGGAAUGUUGGAAAAGAUCAUCACUGCUAAUCAAUGCAAUGUCUUACUGGUUUUGUCCCUCAGAAUGUCUUCCAUCUUAAUAAACUGCUCUACAGACUGA